AUGCAUUUCUUUACCAAGACAUCCGUCGCCCUUACCGUGGCUCUCGCUGCUUUCUCCGAUGCCACCUCCCAUGGACGCCACAGAUACCGCCAUUUUAACCGCCAGGUCGGUUCGUCUGGUGUGAGCGUUCCUCUUAGCACCGGAUAUCCCGCACCAACUGGCACGGCUCCGGCGCCUCCUGCCCAGAAGCCAGCCGACACUUCUUCAGCUGGAAUCACAUCAAUUGUUGUCCCGACUGGCACGGGAUCGAGCCCCAAGCCCUCUGAGUACCCGAGCGUUGUUGAGAUUACUUCGACUGUGACCUACACCCUUGGAACCGGACCCAGCGCCAGCGUCACCACAUACACUUUCAAGACUACUGCUCCAUUAGCCAUUGAGACUCAAACCGUUAUCCCCACUCCCGCCGGUCCACCAAAGGGUGGCGAGGCUGCCGAGUCCAGAACCACCACUAUUUCCAGCACUUCCACCUCUACCACUUGGAUCACCGUCACCUCCGUUUGUACCACUUCCUCUCAGGGUGGCUCUGGCAGCGCUCCUACCGAUGCUCCUAAACCCCCAACUGGUGACUCUGGCUCUGGUCCAGUUGGUGGCCCGGGUGGUGAUUCUUGUCCCGCUCCUGUCACCGUUACUGUUACCCAAGCAACUGCUACUGUUACUGAAACAGUCACCGCUCAACCCCAGCCAACUAAUGGCCAGGAAGGCGGAAACGCUUCUGCUCCUCCAAUUGUCCCCUCUGAGACUACGCCUGUUGUGAACGCUCCCGAGCCCACCAGCGAGACCAGCAAGCCAGUUGUCAAGGUCCCUGAACCAUCAACCGAUGCUCCAUACCCUACCCCAAAGCCUAGCAACGGUAUGCCUACCUACGGUACCGGUUCUUCAAUCUACCACUACCCAACUGGACGUGCUUUUUAA